AUGCAUGGCCACGACCACGAGGGGCUCUCGGAGCGGACGAGACACUUGCACGGCAGCGUGGAUGACGCUGAAGAAGCUCAGGCCAACAAAUCCAAGAAGAUGGAGAAGCUGAUCACGCCAUAUCUCGCACAACAUAUCCCCCAGCAGUACAAUCCGCUCGGGGCGAACAGUCCAGGUCAAGACGAGCGCCCACCCACCGCCAACACCAAGUUCUGCUACCGACAUCGCCCAGAUCUGCUGUGCCGACGACAGGCAGACGAACCGUCCAUGGAGCAACUCCAAGAGCAACUCGGCAGAGAAUCACAAGCCGACCAGCAGAGCAUCGCCAACGUCUGGUCGCUCUUCUCCGCCGCCCCGUCUCGCCAUAGGAACCUCAUGUUGCAGGGCAUCCUCGCUCAGUGCUGUUUUCCCCAGCUCUCCUUCAUUUCCUCGUCCGUCCGCAAUCUCAUCAAGAUCGACUUUCUCGGCGCACUCCCCACCGAAUUGGGCUUCAAGAUCCUCUGCUAUCUCGACACAACCUCGCUCUGCAAAGCCUCCCAAGUCAAUCGGAGGUGGAGGCAACUGGCUGACGAUGACGUCGUUUGGCACAAGAUGUGUGAGCAGCACAUUGACAGGAAAUGCACAAAGUGCGGCUGGGGGCUCCCACUGCUCGACCAACGUCGCUUGCGGCACGAGAAGCGACGGAUACAACUGCGCGCCUCUGGACGCGGCCUCAACGAGUGGUCGCCCAACAUUACACCACAGCCCGAAUCCUCCUUACCGCCUGCCACACUCGCUCACCGACUAUCCCAAUGCUCCGACUCCGCUCUUAGCACCAAGCGCCCUGUACCAGAAGACGACUCCUCCCCAGAAGCUUCGAAUAAGCGACCAUGCAUGGGUGCCAGAACGGGCCAAGACCAAGUCACAUCCUACUUCGACCAUCCCAAGAAGCGUCCGUGGAAAGAUGUCUACAAGGAUCGCUACAAGGUUGGUAGCAACUGGAAGUACGGGCGUUAUUCAACACGCAUAUUCAAAGGCCACACUAACGGCGUCAUGUGCCUACAGUUCGAUGACGAGGUUCUCAUCACUGGCUCCUACGACGCCACAGUUAAAGUCUGGGACAUCAAGACGGGCCAAGAGAUACGCACGCUUACAGGCCACACCCAAGGUAUCCGAUGCCUGCAGUUUGAAGACAGCAAACUCAUCACCGGAAGUUUGGACAACACGAUCAAGAUAUGGAACUGGCGGACAGGCAAGGAAAUUAAAACAUUGAACAGUCAUACAAACGGUGUGAUUGGCCUUCACAUGGCGGACAAACUCCUAGCAUCUGGAUCUUCAGACAACACCAUCAUGGUACACGACUUCAGCAGCAUGAAGCGCACCACAUUGAUGGGACACACGGAUUGGGUCAAUGCCGUCAAAAUCGACCAACCUUCACGCACCCUCUUCUCCGCAUCCGACGACAUGACAGUCAAGCUAUGGGAUCUCGAUACCCAUCGCUGUAUCAGAACAUACGAAGGCCACGUCGGCCAGGUCCAACAAGUGCUCCCCCUCCCUCAAGCCUUUGAGAUUGACGAAGACGACUUCGUCGCAAACGCGAACAACGACACUUCAGACACCGCUUCACUCGCCUCCGAUACCACCCAGUCUCUCCCCCAACCCUCGUCUUCUUCCUCUCACAACUACAACCACCCUGAAGAACCAUGUUUCUUCCCCGACGACCCCUCCCGCCCAUCGCCCCCCUCAUACAUGCUCACCGGCUCCCUCGAUGGCACGAUUCGUCUCUGGCACGUACCUUCUGGUCGGUGUGUCCACCGCUUCUUCGGCCACGUCGAGGGCAUCUGGUCGCUUGCUGCCGAUUCACUUAGAUUGGUCAGCGGGGCAGAGGACAAGACAAUUAAGAUUUGGGAUCCUAGGACGGGGAAGCACGAGAGAACGCUCACGGGUCACACGGGUCCUAUCACUUGUGUGGGCUUGAGUGAUGAGAGGGUUGUCAGUGGAAGUGAGGAUGGUACGGUGAGGGUGCAUUGUUUUGUAGACGAGGGGCGGGAUUGUUGA